ACUGACUGUCGCUCGAGUGUUGUUUUUCCAGUUAAGUAGAGGGUGGUGUUUGAAGGGUUUGCACAAGAGUAUAAUCACAAUCCAGAUAAAUAGUUUGGUACAGGUCUUCUGUUCUCUUAUCUCAAACGUGACGUUACAUAAGAAGAACACGUGACGCUGCACGAGAGGAACGUUUGACAGCGGUUGGAACUGCUGAGGGACUGACUGACUGAGGGCGGGUCACCACAGAAACGCUGUUCGAAACAAAAUAACAGCGCUGUUUCCACGACGAACGUGCACAUUUAGACAUUUCUCAUGGAUUCAGCGCAAUGCACAAGAUAUUCCCUGUACUGGGAGGAGACUGAGUGCAUGAACUACUAUGGGAUGCUGUCCCUCCAUGAGAUCUUUGAAAUCGUGGGCUCCCAACUCACAGAGAGUGAUGUCGAGGUUUUAUCCUUUCUCCUUGAUGAAACCUAUCCUGGAAAGCAUCCCCUCGAUCCAGAGGGAUGGACUGAAGAUUUACCUCCAGGGCCUGAUGGAUCUCCACAGGGUAAUUCUCCAUGUCCCCGGCUUCUGAAUACAUGGCGAAAAAUAAAGCCGCAGAAUGAGCCGUGCCCCAUCGCCUGUCGCCACCGACCCAAGAGUGGCGUUGAACUGCUGUUGGAGUUGGAGAGGCGAGGGUACUUGAGCGAGGGAAACCUCAGACCUCUAUUGCAGUUGCUGCGGAUUCUGACACGGCAUGAUGUUUUGCCCUUUGUGUCACAAAAGAAGAGAAGAACAGUGUCUCCAGAGCGAGAGAAGAUAGACUACCCAGAGGUGGAUACCAGACGGGACACACAAAUCAGCCCAAACACAGAUAUACCAUCCUUUGAAAACACACAAGACCACCAGUGGAGAGCAGGGGCAGGCUCUUCUCUGACAACAACCACCCCUGUCCGACGGAAGCGAGGUAGAGGUCACCACUGGAGAAGAAAAUCUGGGGGAAAGCCUGUAAUCCAGCUUCAACCAACACCCAACAAAGUGACCUGCGAUAUCCGACUGCGUGUGCGUGCGGAGUAUUCAGAGCAUGAGACGGCCCUUCGUGGAGGAGUUUCUUCAGACAAGCAGCAGCCGCUGGAGAGGCAGUUUGAACUGUUCAGCCGAGCGAACCUGCUGCUCCGCGCACGGGAUCUGGGCUCUAUUGUCUGUGAUAUCAAGUUCUCAGAACUUGCCAACCUAGAUGCUUUUUGGGCAGACUACCUGAGCGGGGCUCUGCUCGAGGCACUGAAAGGGGUCUUCAUCACAGACUCUUUGAAAAGGGCAGCGGGACAGGAGGGGGUCCGGCUGCUUGUCAGUGUGGAUCAGGAUGACUACGAGGAGGGCAGGAAACUGUUGGUUGGCAGCCAGACACAUAAUGGGACAAACUGGGACACACAAAUGCCCUGAGAAAUGUCAUUUUCACACGGGACCUUCAGUUGUGAUGGAUGAAGAAGAUGUUUUGCCUUUUUAUUUCAUUGCCCAUUGAGUGUUGGUGACCCUGCUGGGAUGGAGAGCCUAUUGGAGGAGACUAGAUUAAACUGGGCAGCCGUUUUGUUGGACACAAGAAUCAUUUUCCUUCAAAAACUGUCUGACAUUUCAGAGGUUAGGUUCAGAUGUGGGGCUGUUUCUCUCCACGGCAGGUCAGUUUAAACAUGGACAAACACACAAUACUAAACCCAUAGAGGAAGAAAAACAGGAGGGAGGUUCUGCAUCUAUGAAUACCACUUACUCUGCUCCGGGUGGUAUAGAUUAUUUAUUUAUUUUAUUUUGUUCCUAAUGUGAUGUGUUCCUUAUUCUCUUUCUUUGAUAAAAGAUAGAAAGAAUGGGAAUACACAACAAAUAUUUACUGUAACUUAAAGGGUUUACAAAUCAAUCCACAAAAGAAUGACAAAAAACAACAACGUUAAAAUGUAUAAUUAACAAAAGAUAAGGA